AUGAAUUCGAAUACUCCCCCUCACAGACGAGGACCUUGGUCCCAGCAGGAAGAUCACUGUCUGAUGAACCUUGUCCAUGAAAUUGGCCCUCUCAACUGGGUUCGCAUUGCUCAGAGCCUGGGUUCACGAUCACCAAAGCAAUGUCGCGAGCGUUACCACCAAAACUUAAAGCCAACUCUCAACCACGAGCCUAUCACACCUGAGGAGGGCCGCCUGAUUGAAGAUCUUGUAAAACAACUUGGAAAGCGCUGGGCCGAGAUUGCCCGCCGCCUCCAUGGACGAAGUGACAAUGCUGUCAAGAAUUGGUGGAAUGGAAGCCAAAACAGACGGAUUCGAUCAGAUCGUCGCCGUGCCACCCACGGCCACGACGACUACUAUUCUGCAAACCGACAUGGACUAUCUAUCUCGACAACACCCGUUCACCAUAUCCCAGGAGCACAGUUAUCGCCCAUGCAAGGGCCUAUGAUGCGUCACACUGGUGGAUCUUGGAUUGAAGCUCCUCUUCCUUCACCCUGUUCCUCCGAUGGUGCCGAAUCCGAAACUGGAUCUAACUACACCACAUCACCAGCUCACCACUCCGUUCCUCUGUACAGGCCUGUUGAGUUGCCGCCACUCCGCGGUCACUACUCCAGCCAUGGUGAUCCCAGGCUCCCGCUCCCCAGUAUCAACGCUGCCCCUCUCCCUUCAUACGGGGACAGGCUACCUACAGAGCGAGGAGAGUACAAGCCGGCAUAUCCUUCACCAUACGGUAUCCCAGGACAAAAACAGUUGCCUACUGCACCGAGCUCGCCCGUACAGCAGCAGUCCCAGCCUCAGUGUCAAGCACAGCCUCGAUCAGAACAGGACUCUCGCAUGCGCCUGCAUUCCCUCUUGGAUUAA